AUGAAAACCAUAUGCUGGAAUGCCAGGAGCAUCAACACUCAGGGCUCUUUGGAAAGGCUACAAUCACUCAAGAAAAUACAUCAUACAUCCAUCAUUGCAAUUCUUGAACCCUUUGCUGACAAGAAUCACAUCAACAAUUACAGAAUCAUGCUUAACAUGGAUAAUGCCAUCUCUAAUGACAAUGGAAAGAUUUGGCUCUUCUGGACCAAUGAUAUCACUUACACCCUCACUGAAUGUGAUGCUCAACAAAUCACUGGUGUAAUCAAGCAUGAUGCAUUUGUGGAGAAAUUUAUUUUUUCUGUCAUUUAUGCUAAAUGUAAAGAUCAGUUAAGAAGACCCCUUUGGGAUAGAAUGCUCCAUAUUUCAACAGACAAUGUCCCCUGGUGUACCAUUGGUGACUUCAAUGUGAUUACCUCAACUGAAGAAAAGAAAGGAGGAGUGCCAUAUAAUAUGAACAAAAGCCUGGAAUUCAUUAGUGUUAUUGAAGCUUGUGGACUGGUUGAUUUGGGCUAUAGUGGUCAACACUUCACCUGGUGUAACCAAAGAGCUGAACAGGCUAGGGUGUGGAAGAGGCUAGACAGAGCCAUGGUAAAUGACAAAUGGUUGGAGAUCAUGCCUCAAACUAACAUUAGUCAUUUGCCAUAUGUGGGAUCAGAUCACACCCCACUUCUCAUGGAAAUGACAGUGAAUGAUAAUCAAGGUAUCAAGUACUUCAAAUUCCUGCAUUGCUGGGUUGAUAAUGACAGCUUCAUGGACACUGUGACAUCUUGCUGGAAUAAAGAAGUGCAUGGCAAUCCUAUGUGGAGAUGGCACCAGAAAAUUAAAAAGUUAACUACCACUCUUAGUGCCUGGUCUAAAAAGGAAUUUGGAGACAUCUACUCCAAGGUAAAAGAAUUUGAAGAAAGGGUCAAAGUAGUAGAAGAUGAGCUGAUUAACAAUAACACUGAAACAAACAGACAGAAUCUUCACUACAUCAAUACUACCUACAUCAAGUACUUGAAACUAGAAGAAGGAAUUCUCAAGCAGAAAACUCAACUUCAAUGGUUCAAAGAGGGAGAUGCUAACACUAAAUACUUCCAUGCCCUUAUGAGAGGAAGAAGAAGGAGAUUAUUCAUUCACAAGAUUUGUAACAGUGCAGAUGAAUGGGUUCAAUGGGACAGUAACAUUGCAACUGCAGCCUGUGAACACUUCUAG